ACACGGUCGAAGUUGUCAUCUUCACAGUGAGGGGGCUUCCUACUGCUGUACAGAUGAACUCCUAGGACUCACAGGAGGACAGUGAUACUUGGAAAGACAUUGCACGGAAAAUGAACCGCCCAAUCAGAAACUGUAGUCUUCAAGAAGUCCAGCCCCAACAGCAAGCUCACAGUUUAUCUGGGGAAGCGAGACUUUGUUGAUCACUUAAACUACGUGGAUCCAGUCGGUAACUAUACAAACAAACCAACAUGAUGUGCAUUAACUUAUGCGGAGUAUCUGUCGAGUGCUAUGACAUGCCACCUCGGCACGUUGACGUGUUUGGUUCAGAAAUGCAGCUUCUAAACUGUGAAAGUACCAGACACAUCGCAGGAAAUGCAUGUAUGUGUGUGUGUGUUUGUGUGUGUGCUCUCCAGAUGGAGUGCUCCUUGUAGACCCGGAGUAUCUGAAAGAUCGAAAAGUGUUUGUGUCUCUUACUUGCGCAUUUUAUUACGGUCGGGAGGACCUGGAUGUGUUGGGCCUUUCCUUCCGGAAGGAUCUGUACGUCAGCACCGUCCAGGUCUUCCCUCCUCUGCAGGCGGAAAAGAAGCCUCUUACCCGGCUGCAGGAGAGGCUGCUGAAGAAGCUGGGUCAGCAUGCCUACCCCAUCAACUUCACUAUUCCCCAGAAUCUGCCGUGUUCAGUGACCCUUCAGCCGGGCCCGGAGGACACCGGGAAGGCGUGUGGCGUGGACUACGAGCUUCAAGCAUUCUGCGCCAAGACUGUGGAGGAGAAGAUCCACCAAAGGAACUCUGUGCAUCUGGCGAUCAGGAAGGUUCAGUAUGCCCCAGAGAAGCAAGGUCCGCAGCCAAUGGUGGAGAUCAGCCGCAGUUUCCUGAUGUCUGACAGAUCUCUACACCUAGAGGCCUCACUGGAUAAGGAGCUAUACUACCACGGUGAGCCCAUAAGCGUCAAUGUCCAGGUCACCAACAACUCCACCAAGACUGUCAAGAGGGUGAAGAUAUCCGUUCGUCAGUAUGCUGAUAUCUGCCUGUUCUCCACGGCUCAGUAUAAGUGUCCGGUUGCCGUGGUUGAAGCGGAUGACCACGUUUCUCCCAGCUCCACCUCCUGCCACGUCUACACUCUCACCCCAGUUCUGGGCACCAACCGGGAAAAGAGGGGUCUGGCCCUGGAUGGAAAGCUAAAGCACGAAGACACCAAUCUGGCCUCCAGCACCAUAGUAAAAGAAGGAACCAACAAGGAGAUGAUGGGCAUCAUGGUUUCCUACAGAGUCAAAGUCAAACUGGUGGUGUCUCUCGCAGGCGAUGUAGCUGUGGAACUCCCUUUUGUCCUGAUGCACCCCAAACCAACAGACCAGCCCAGCUCCCAACCACAGUCAGUCGCUCCAGAGACCGACGCUCCUGCUGCGACAAACCUCAUAGAGUUUGACACGAGUACUCCCUCCCAGUUUGAGGACUUUGUGUUCGAAGACUUCGCUCGCCUGCGGUUGAAGAGCACAAAGGACGACAAGGACGGCGAUCCCUUCUGUUAGCUCCUCCUCCUUCGCCAGCAGGGUUCACUUGUCUGGGGCGGAGGUUACAGGCAACUCAACCCCAGAGCCCAAGAAGAAGAAGAAGAAGAAGAGAAAGCCAGACUUGCGAAGACGGCCUCCCGAGUCUCGCCACAUGCUUUUUAACUGUACCAUGUAUUCCGUAUGGGCUUUAAGUGAUUGUGUCUCUUGUUAAAGAAGCAGUCCACACUAGGAAACCCGCCGUUUGCUGUCUUGCUCAGGGUCAAACUGGUGGCAUGUUAGGGUGAAAACAGCAGACGGUAAGUGGAUCGGACCACUUUAGCGUAAAUGUAGCUCGAGUUUAGCUAAGUGUGGUUACUGUAAGUUGUUUUUUUGGUGGACUGAAUUUUUUUAUUCUGCUGUCGUCAGUAUUAUACAUGCUGCUGUGAUUCAGGAUUUAUACUUCUAGCAAGGAAUAAAAGUGAUAUUUUUAUAUUGACAAUAUAUCCGUUGUUAUCUUCAGGUAUCAGUGCAACAGUUUUGAGCAAUAAAACACCAACAUUGAUUUUCA